AUGAGUGAUGCAAUGGACUCGGAUGCGCCCCGUGGCGCCAAGAGAAAAGCCGAUGCCCUUGAAGAUGCGGCAAAUCCCCGUAGGAUCAAGGCGCUUGAUCAAGAUGUCGUCAACAAGAUAGCCGCCGGAGAGAUUAUUGUUGCUCCGGUUCAUGCACUGAAAGAGUUGAUCGAGAACGCCGUGGAUGCAGGAUCUACGUCGCUCGAGGUUCUAGCGAAGGAUGGGGGCUUGAAGUUGCUGCAGAUCACAGACAACGGCUCCGGCAUUGAUGUGUGA